UCCCUCCAUUAAACAUGUGUGUGUACGUGUGUUUGUGAGUGUCCUCCCCUCAGUCUCUCCAUGGCUGAACUGUGGCAGCGAGCUCUGGCUUUCCUCCACAUCAUUUGUCUUCUCUACCGACCAUCAGGUGCUCUUCGCUGGGAUGACAGAGUCAGCCCAUCCCUUCUGGAGGUGGUGAAGGGGAAUUUCUCUCGGACCUUCCUUCGUGUGGGCUACCAUAAGAUUGCUGAAAUUCCUGCAGGAGCACGAAACAUCACCGUACAGGAGACAGUGAAGAGCCGAAACUACCUGGCUUUACAGACCCAAACUGGAGACACCAUCAUCAAUGGGAACUGGGUGAUUGACAGGCCUGGGAUCUACGCUGCUGUGGGAACACAACUGACGUAUCGACGACCCAAUGAAAUCCGCUCUCGCAACGGAGAGUCCAUCACUGCACCUGGGCCGCUCACAGAGGAGCUGCAUGUUUAUCUGAUCUACCAGCAACCAGGUCCCAGUGUAUACUAUGAAUAUAGUGUGCCUGUACAUAACACACAGCCAACUCCUGAACCAGACUCUUAUAUACUUCCCCUCGCUGAGAGAGUAGAUCCAUCCAAACCAGGUGAGAAAGGUGAAAUCAACGGUAAUGACAUCACCAAGGAGACGUCCAAGCCCAACCACGUUCCCCCUGACCACAGUGUGACCUCUCACCCUCAGACCACUUACACCUGGGCAAAGAGUGGGCACACAGAGUGCAGCACAACAUGUGGCAAUGGUAGACGUCAGGUGCUGUGGAAGUGUGUUGAGAAGGAUUCACAGGUGACUGUCGCCGCUGACCACUGUGACCCUGGCCUUCAAACAAUACACCAGGAAGAGGACUGCAAUGCCCAGCCCUGCCCUGCAUACUGGGAUGUGGGGGAGUGGUCAGAGUGCAGCAAGAGGUGUGGCCCCGGCACUCAGCACCGCCAGGUCAUAUGCCGUCAGGUCACACAGGUCCAUGCCAAUGGGACAGAGUCCUCGGUUACUGUGGCACCAGAACUGUGCGGGUUGUCCGACAAGCCAGUGACUAAGACAACCUGUCAGUUGAAAAUAUGCAGCCAGUGGGAGAUUCAAUCAGAGUGGAGCUUGUGUUCAGUGCCAUGUGGAGUGGGACAGCGCCGCAGAGAGGUGGUGUGUCUGAGUAACCAGGGUGACGUGGAGGAGGAUGAGGAGUGUAACAUGAAAUUAAAGCCAGACACACUACAAAACUGUGAUAUGGGAACCUGUGCCCGCAGCUGGUUCACCUCCCUCUGGAGCCAAUGGUGCUCAGCAGAGUGUGGUAAAGGCAAUAAAACCCGGACAGCAGUUUGUCUGAUGGAUCACAUGACUGAUCUCCCAUUGGACGGCUGUGAAGGAGAACGUCCAGCAGAGGUGACAUCUUGUGAUUCAGGGCCUUGUAAAAAACAGCUGGAGUGGUAUACAGGACCAUGGGGUCAGUGUUCUGCAGAGUGUGGGAAUGGAACGCAGGCCCGGAGCGUAGUUUGUAUUAUCAACAACAGCGGUGACAUGGAGGUUGUGGACCAUUCACAGUGUUCUAGUCUGCCUCAGCCAAUCACUGCUCAGACCUGCAGACUGAAGCCGUGUGGUGUCCAGUGGUAUGUCACAGAGUGGAGUGCAUGCUCCCGCUCCUGUAAUGGUGGCUAUCGUGUAAGGGAGGUGCGCUGUCUUGCUGACAAUAUUGCCCCAAGCGACCGCUGUGACCCCAAUUUUACCCCAGAGAGCCGAGAAGAAUGCAAUAAACAACCCUGCCUCGCUGAAAUAAAUCCAUCGUGCAGCGACCAGUACAAUAAUUGUUUGGUGGUGGUUCAAGCCCGACUCUGCAUAUACCCCUACUACAGAAGUGUCUGCUGCGCCUCCUGCUCCCGUGCACAGAAAACAUACCCAAACUCUAUACAAAAGAACAUAAGAAGGUGAUGCCACAUGUCGAGGAAUGAAUUCACAUCAGGUCACAGCAUUGAGUGGGGGAGAGGAAAGGAGCAAUGUGAAAAUAACUCUCAGUUCCUUGCUGACGAGGCUUCCUCCUUCAGUUUUGUGGGCACAGUCUGUAUGACAUGGGCAGGUUUUGAUUUUCAGUCUAACUUUAAACUGGACUUGUCACAUUUGAUUUUGUACUGAAUACAAUAUAGUAUAUUUAUUCGUAAUAAAAACAUAACUUCUGGUAGUUGUAGUUGUCUUUCAGCAGCACAGCCCCACUCACUGGUGACUGGAAGCACUGCGGUCAGCUCAGACCUAACUUACAUGACCCUCACUAAAAAAUACCAGUGACACACAUAAUUAUACGCCAAUGUAAAUGACAGGCUCCUGAGAUAUUAUCCUCAUACACAGUUACUAUGGGCUUAUGCACUGAGAUACUUGGAGGCUUUCAGCAAUGAAACACCUGAGCUUAAUUUUAAAUGUCAUGGUAAAGGAUGUCAAUUUCUUUGUUUUUCCUUUUGUUUAUAUUAGCAAA